GACUUUCAACCAGCUGGCUGCGUCAUACUAGGGACAGUGACGUGAUUCUCAGGCGCCCGGCAGCCGGAGAAAAGAACUGUCCAUAGAAGUGUCAGUAGAAAGGCGUCCGGUGCGGGCAGGACGAAAAGCCUCUGACUGAUAUACAUGAUGCAGUGCUAAGCUGAUGGGAAUUUUACAACUUUAUAAUGUCAAAGACAUCUUGCAGAAGAAAAGUUACUUCUGCUAAGAUCACAGAUUGGGUAGAGCCGUCAUUUGAAGACAUUUUUGGAAGCUCACACAAAGUCUCAGUUCGUGCAUCUGGAGCGGCUAAAACAGAAGCCAAGAAGAAAGAUGACUCUGUAGAUACCAAGUCUCAGGGCAAAAAGAGAGCAAACCCUUUUUCCUCAGAUCAGUCAAAUGAUCGACUUAAACCAACCGCUAACCAGGAUCAGAAUGAGUCAUGGAUUGAUAAACACACACCUAAACUUCAGGCAGACCUUGCUGUACACAAGAAGAAGAUUGAGGAGGUUGAGGCCUGGCUGAGAGCUCACAUUGGCAAGAAGCAGAGUGGCUCUGUUUUAUUACUUACUGGACCUCCUGGCUGUGGAAAGACUGCAACCAUCCUAGUGCUUGCACAGGAAAUGGGGAUCCAGGUGCAAGAGUGGGUCAACCCUGUAAUGCAGGAGUUUAAUCGGGAUGCGCCACCAGAGGUCUUUGAUCGGGAUAUGGGAUUCCAGCCUUUCACUAGUCAGUCUCAAUCUGCUCAGUUUCACGACUUUCUUCUAAGAGCAAAUAAAUACAACAAGCUGCAGAUGUUUGGAGAGGAACCUUGUACAGAUAGAAAACUCAUCAUUGUUGAUGAUAUGCCUAAUUUAUUUUAUAGAGACCCUUCAAGUUUACAUGAUAUUCUCAGGAAAUUUGUGCGAACCGGACGCUGCCCUCUUGUGUUUAUCAUAUCAGACAGUCUAAGUGGUGAUAGUCAUCAAAGACGGCUGUUCCCAAAGGAAAUUCAGGAUGAAUUAUGUGUCUGUAAUGUCAGUUUUAAUCCAGUUGCUCCCACCAGUAUGAUGAAAGUCCUGACCCGAAUUGCUACGUCAGAGGCUGCUAUGAGUGGGGGAAAAUGCAUUAUUCCAGACAAGCAAGUACUUGAGUUACUGUGCUCUGGAUGCACUGGAGAUAUCAGAAGUGCCAUUAAUAGCCUUCAGUUUUCAGCACUUAAAGACUCUUCCUUAUCAAAUGACUUCUGGUCUAAAAAGAAAAGCAGAUCGACAAAGUCAGAUAAAACCUCCAAGGGGAAGAAUAAAAAGAAAUCUGAUAAUGUUGGGGAAAUCACAGAUGAUAUCCAAGCCAUUGGAGGAAAAGAUGCUUCACUUUUCUUGUUUAGAGCAUUGGGAAAAAUACUUUACUGCAAAAGAGAGGCACCAACCCCCGACUCCAACUACCAGAAAUUACCAGCACAUUUGUCUCAACACGAUAGAGACCUGCUGCUUGUUCUUCCAGAGGCUGUUGUAGAAAGAUCACAUAUGCGAAGUGAGCUGUUCAAUCUAUAUCUUCACCAAAACUAUCUGGAUUUCUUCUCUGAUAUUGAUGAUGUUGUCCGAGCCAGCGACUACCUCAGUGCAGCAGAUGUUCUCACCGGGGACUGGAAUUCCCGGACAACUCUCAAUGUAUACAGCUCAUCGGUGGCCUGCAGAGGAGUCAUACAUUCCAACAGCUCCAGGGCUUUUGCCAACUGCCAGUCAGGAGUUGGCUUUCGGCCUCUUCAUAAACCACAGUGGCUUAUGGCUAAUAAAAAGUACCAGGAAAACUCUCUUGCAGCUAGAGAGCUGUUUUCAAUUUUGUGUUCCUCACCAUUUUGCCUUCAGACCCAGGUGAUCCCAUACCUGGCUAAGCUCACAAAUCCCCUGAGAAACCCAGCACAAAUUUCCUUUAUCCAGGAUGUUGGCCGAUUACCUUUAAAGAGGCAUUUUGCAAGAAUGAAGCUUGAAGCAUUGACAGACAAAGAUCCAGGUGCAGAUGCUGACAGCGAUGAGGACGAAGAUCCAAGCCAUGCACCCAGUAUAAAAGAAAGAAGUAACGAUGCCAUAUCUAAAAGUGCAGAUGGGCAAAGGGUGCUACUGCUUCCUUCCAGCCAAGGAGGGGACGCAGAUUUGCCAACCAGCCAACCUCAACCUGUAGCAGCUGAAGCAGUUAUGGAAGAUGAAGAGUUAAAGAUAGAGGAAUAUGACAGUGACUGAGAUUUGUUGAUAUCCACCAUUCACAGGACCUUUUGCCUCUACUGCCCACAUUGAAUUGUGGUGUAAAUGGACAUCAUUAUAUUGCUAUACCCCCACUUUGGUCUUUGGCAAACACGUCCGCCAUAGUAUCAUAUUUUUAUUGGUCAAAGAAAACUGGUUACAAGAUGAAAGUGCCAGAAAGACAGUUAAUGGUCAAAGCAACCAGGCCCACAUUUGUGUUUCUUCACACUGCUCUUGUGUACAGAUGCAGUAUUCCUCAGCCGAGUAGUCACAAGGUUAUUGCAAGGUGACAUAUAAUGUGAAAUGUAGUUUAUUUAA